GCGAAAAAACGAAGGGGCGUCCACAAAAUCCCGUAGUUUAGAUUUAGCAACUUAGCAAUUAGCCAAUAAAAAGCCGAAGCGAAAAAGCGAAGCCGAUCAGGCUGGGCUGGGAAUAGUUGAAGCUAGACACUGAAAAACCUUCGAUUACGCUGUUUGAGUUUGAGAGUGACUUGAACCCUAGGGUUCCAUCCUCAAUUUUAGAAAUUUGAUCGCCGACCAUCUUCUUCGCCUCAACCAUGAACUGUGAAGUUUGCCAACUCAAAGAACUUGAAGUGGAGCACUUUGAGAUACGUGAAGUUCUGCGCUGCAUACUACAUACAAUUGUAUUUCAUCGAGCUUUAGGUCUUGUGCGGCCCAAAGACGUCGAUUUGGAACUUUUUGAAAUUACUUAUGUGCAAUGUGGAGAUUCUGAACUUGAAAAGAAAAUUGAUGAGAAGAUCGAACAAUUUAUUAGUUGGGUGGAGAAACACCCAAACAAAAAAAGUCAGAUUUGCUUGUCUUUCUAUGAGGUGAAGAAUAAACAACCCUCUUGGUUCAGUAGCAAAAUAGAACGCCUACACUGGGAGCAGUGGUAUAUUAAUUUAAAUGUGUCACAACAAGCAAGAGCACAUUCUAGCAAAUCUCACCAUGCAAAAGUUGUGGUUGACCCAGGAGAAGGUACCUUGGAAGAGAGAAGCGUUCGGAGAGCAGCUCUUGAAGCAUCUCUUCGUGAGGUUUUGUUUCAAAUAAUAAAAUUUGUGAACGAGAAAAAGGAUCAUGUUCCUCCAAUACCAAAUCGUGAGGGUGUAGUCUCAUUUCCAUAUGAAAUCACUAUUCCAAGUUCCUCAGAUUCUGCUUUCGGGAUGGACAUGUUCAAAAGGAUGCUUCAUCAUUCAGGGAAUCCAGGCAUGCUCAGUUGAUUAUCUUAGUGCACGAGCUACUCCACGUCUUUGUAAUCUGCGCCAGAGAUCUAAUCGGUUAUUUUGUUCAUGAUGUCUCAGAAGUUGAAAGUAUAUUAAAGUUGGAUUUGCCGGAUUUAAUCCUCCAAAAUCCUGAGUGCAUACUUGUUUCUUUGAUCUUCGUAAAUAUUCUUCACCUUUUCCCUCUUUAACAUUUUCCAUUGUUUAUCAGCGUGUACGCCUCCAUUAUCUUGUAUAUAUAUAUAUAUAUAUAUUUGGAAACCA